AUGCCUCACGCCGCGGCGGCAGCGUCCAUCUCCCUCCCGAGUUCCGGAUGGCAGCCACCCCCCGCCGCCGCCGCCGUCAGCAUGUCACUCCGCGACGACUCGUGGGCGUGCUCGGGCGAUAGCGCCAUGUGCGAAAUGUCCGUCACGGCGCACGACAUCGACAAGGGCCGCUGGUCCGUCUUCGAGAUGAUCCGCGACAACGUGCGCGGCCACGACGACCGGGACGUGUACACCAACGGGAAGCACAUUGCGUGCGUCAAGUACUCGCAGGGCCCGGGGGGCUUCUGCCUCUUCUUCGAGGGCGUCAAGAAGGGCAGCGGCACCAUGGCGCAGGUGCACAGCUUGCUCAAUGAGCUCGAGAAGAAGAGCUGCAGCAAGUGCGCCUGGAUUCGUGUCAGCCCAGACGAUCCCCAGGACAAGGGCGUCCUCAAGCUGGAUUAUGUUGGGAAAGUCGACUGCGAUCCUUCUUGCGGUCCACGUUAAGGAUUGAGGC